AUGAUGGAGAAGCGACACGGCGGUGGCGGAGGCGGAGGCUUCACUGUGCUCCGCCUCCUCGGCGCCGCCGUCUUGGCGUUCCUGCUGCCACGGUCCGCCGGAGCGGUCGACGACGCCAAGUGGCACGCCGCCCAUGCCCAUCCGGUCGCCGGCGCCGUCGGACACGGGGCCCCCGCGCCCCACGCGCACGUGGCCGGCCUCCCGCCACUCUCCGCGCCGCCGCCCACCGCGGGAGCUGACGACCUGCCGCCGCCGCCCGUGUCCGUGUCCUCCCCGCCGAGCCACGCGCCCGGGCAGCAGGCUGUCCCGCACUUCGGCUUCCCGCUGCAGCCGGGCGACGCGUCCGCGGCGGCCCCUGGGGCGGGGUCGGGGCCCGGCGGCGAGGGGUACCCGUUCAUCGGCAGCAACCCGACGGUGCCGCUGCCCACCGGCAUGACCGACACUUCCACCGUGCUGCCGCUGCCGGACACCGGGGACGCCACCGGCGCAGCCACCAAGGUGGUGGGGUUGGCAGCGUCCGUUUGUGCUCGCGUCUCCAUGAUUGGGCUUGGGGUUUUCCUCGCCACCAUGUUCCUGUCCAAGAUCUAA